AGUCAGUUCGCCGUCAUGGGAUAAACAGCAGGAACUUCCGCAGUAAACUUAACGAAACAACAAACCGAGCUGGACAUUAGAAAGCGGUUUGAGGUAGAUCUUCUGAAAUGGGUCCCGGUGUGCUUCUCGUUUUAGCGGCUUCGUUCUGUGUCGUAUGGACACAGUAUGUGCCUCCGUAUACAGAAGACUGUCGGGCGGACAUGUAUCCACCGAAAGGCCCCACGUUCAAAGGAGCCGUCAGCUGGUACACAGUGGACCUCGACUUACCGCCCAGGAAGAGAUGGUCGGCUGUGAUUACUGACAAAAAAACUGAUCUGGUCAACAUGAUUGAAGCCAUCAAAGAGUUGGCUGACGCUUUAGUGCCGAGCGGAAAGCUGAUAGAGAUGGUCGACAUUGCACUGCCUUUAAUGGUGGACACACUUCCAAGCCCGUUCAAUGAAGAAAUCAGAGGAAUUGCAGCCGCUUCAGGGGUUCCUCUUGGUGAAGUCGUCUUGUUUAACAUCUUCUACGAGGUGUUCACCGUGUGCACGUCGAUUGUUGCAGAAGACAAAAAGGGUAACCUCAUUCAUGGCAGAAACUUAGACUUUGGUCUAUUUAUGGGCUGGGACGUGAAGAACAAGUCGUGGAUCAUUAGCGAAAAGCUGAAGCCUCUCGUGGUCAACCUCGACUUCAAGAGAAACAACCAGACGGUCUUCAAGUCGACAAACUUUGCCGGUUAUGUUGGCAUGCUCACCGGCAUCAAGCCUAACAUCUUCACCCUGACUAUGAACGAGCGCUUCAGCCUCGAUGGAGGAUAUAUUGGAAUCCUGGAGUGGAUCUUGGGACAAAGAGAUGGGAUGUGGAUGAGCUUUCUCACUCGAUCAGUCCUAGAAAAUGCAACCAGCUACGAGGAAGCUAAAAGUCGGCUGGCUCAGACCAAGCUGCUCGCUCCAGCCUAUUUCAUCCUUGGAGGAAACAGCACAGGACAGGGCUGCAUCAUCACCAGGUCUAGGCUGCUCAGCAUUGAUAUCUUGGAGAUUGAUCUGAAGCUGGGCCGGUGGUACGUCCUGGAGACAAACUACGACCACUGGAAGGACCCUUUUUUCCUGGAUGACCGCAGGACUCCGGGCAUGAAGUGCAUGAAUCAGACCACACAGACUAACCUCUCAGUGAAGACUAUGUAUGAUGUGCUGUCAACCAAACCAGUGCUGAAUAAGUUGACCACAUACACGACACUGAUGCAGGUCUCUCAAGGCAAGCUGGAGUCCUACAUCAGGGACUGCCCCAACCCAUGCAUGCCGUGGUGAUCCUCUAGAUACUGAAUCCUGAUCAGUUUGGAAGUGCUUCCUGGCACAGAGACACUCAACUGAUCCUUUGGAUAAAACUCUAAGCUUUUGUACAGCGACCAGUCACCUGAUCCAGUUUCAUGUCACUCCGGCAUUUGUUUUCCAAGCAGUUUAGUAAUACUUUCAACUCCAAGAAUCCCAAAUCCUUUUUUUCCCUCUUCUAAUAUAAAAGAGAAUCGUGCCUCAUUUUGUUUUUCCACUGUAAUUAUUUGUAUUUUAGGAGGAGACUAAGUGUGUGUGUGUGUGUGUGUGUGUAUAUGUAUAUGUGUGUGUAUGUAUGUAACACAACCAAAAUGUCAGUUUAUUUGUUAAAUGUGUCAAUUCCAGCUCACUCUUGUCAAAUACUUCAAUAACAGUUAAGUUAGAGGAACUUAAGGAUCUGCCACCACAUGACUGACAUGUUAGACACUGACAAUGACAAACGUGCAUCGGUACUGAACUACUUCCUUUUUCACUGUUUUAAAUGAUGAGUAUUAAAAGAAUUCUAACAAUGAA